AAGGCCAAAGAUUUUAGAGUUGGGACUUACUUCAACUUUACUUCCCUUCUUAAACCACACAUAUAAGACUAUACUCAAUCAUUUACUACACUCUCUGUCUCAAUGGCCACCAAGACCCAUACGGAUCCAGAGAAACCCAAUGCCGCGGGCACCGCCGAGAACGAAGGCAUGAGUCCGGUGGAGGAGGUUGCCUUGGUGGUGCCGGAAACCGACGACCCUACUCUCCCUGUCCUCACCUUUCGUGCCUGGUUCCUCGGUUUGGUAUCAUGUGUGCUCUUAAUCUUUCUCAACACUUUCUUCACUUACCGUACGCAGCCGCUCACCAUCUCCGCUAUCCUCAUGCAAAUCUCGGUCUUGCCCAUUGGCAAGUUCAUGGCCAGGACUCUACCAACCACCCAGUACAGCCUUCUCGGGUGGCACUUCAGCUUGAAUCCUGGGCCGUUCAACAUCAAGGAGCAUGUCAUCAUCACCAUCUUCGCCAAUUGCGGGGUGUCUUUUGGUGGGGGUGAUGCUUAUUCCAUUGGUGCCAUAACUGUCAUGAAGGCUUACUAUAAACAGAGCUUGAAUUUCCUCUGCGGCGUCCUUAUUGUCUUGACUACCCAGAUUUUGGGGUAUGGAUGGGCUGGCAUGCUUCGGAGGUACCUGGUUGAUCCUGCAGAAAUGUGGUGGCCUUCAAACUUGGCUCAGGUUUCUUUAUUUAGAGCACUCCAUGAAAAGGACUCUACAAAGAAAGGAUUGACUCGAAUGCAAUUUUUUCUAGCUGUAAUGGUGGCAAGCUUUGCAUAUUAUGCUCUGCCGGGCUAUUUAUUCCCAAUCUUGACAUUCUUCUCAUGGGUUUGUUGGGCGUGGCCACAUAGCAUCACAGCACAGCAAAUCGGGUCUGGAUACCAUGGACUUGGCAUUGGUGCAUUCACCCUUGACUGGGCUGGGAUCUCAGCUUACCAUGGCAGUCCACUGGUUACCCCUUGGUCCUCCAUUGUCAACGUGGGGAUAGGCUUUGUCAUGUUCGUCUACAUCAUUAUCCCUCUUUGUUAUUGGAAGUUUAACACCUUCGAUGCUCGAAAAUUCCCGAUAUUCUCUAAUCAGCUCUUUACUCACAGUGGCCAUAAAUAUGAUACAACUAAGAUCUUGACACCGCAAUAUGAUCUGAAUAUUUCUGCAUAUAACAGUUAUAGCAAACUCUACCUUAGCCCACUUUUUGCCUUAUCUAUUGGAUCAGGAUUCGCUAGGUUCACAGCAACCCUCACUCAUGUGGCAUUGUUUAAUGGCAGUGAUAUUCUGAAGCAGAGCAGAUCAGCAAUGAAGAAUGUGAAGCUGGACAUCCAUGCAAAGCUGAUGAAAAAAUACAAACAAGUUCCUGAAUGGUGGUUUUACAUUUUAUUAAUCGGAAGUAUCGUUCUGUCACUUAUGAUGUCCUUUGUAUAUAAGAAGGAGGUACAGCUGCCAUGGUGGGGUAUGCUCCUUGCCUUUGCUUUGGCCUGGAUUGUCACCCUUCCUAUUGGAGUCAUUCAGGCAACUACGAACCAGCAACCUGGAUAUGACAUUAUAGCCCAGUUCAUAAUUGGUUAUAUCUUGCCCGGAAAGCCCAUUGCAAACCUGCUUUUCAAGAUAUAUGGGCGGAUCAGCACCAUCCAUGCUCUUUCUUUCUUGUCUGAUCUCAAACUUGGGCACUACAUGAAAAUCCCACCACGUUGCAUGUACACUGCUCAGCUUGUGGGAACUGUAGUUGCAGGUAUCGUCAACCUUGGAGUUGCAUGGUGGAUGUUAGAUGACAUUGACAACAUCUGUGAUGUUGAAGGAAAUCAUCCUGAUAGCCCAUGGACUUGCCCUAAAUACAGGGUCACCUUCGACGCAUCUGUUAUCUGGGGCCUAAUCGGACCAAGGAGACUUUUCGGACCAGGAGGGAUGUACCGUAACUUAGUGUGGUUGUUCCUCAUUGGAGCAUUCUUGCCUGUUCCUGUUUGGGUUUUGAGCAAAAUUUUCCCAGAAAAGAAAUGGAUCCCCUUGAUUAACAUACCGGUCAUAUCUUAUGGUUUUGCCGGAAUGCCACCCGCAACUCCCACCAACAUUGCAAGUUGGCUCAUCACUGGAACCAUCUUCAACUAUUUUGUGUUCAAGUACCACAAGCGGUGGUGGCAGAAAUAUAACUAUGUUCUAUCUGCAGCAUUAGAUGCUGGAACUGCAUUCAUGGGUGUUCUACUGUUCUUUGCUUUGCAAAAUGAAGGCCAUAACCUGAAAUGGUGGGGCACUGAAGUCGAUCACUGUCCUCUCGCAACCUGUCCGACAGCCCCAGGUAUCUCAGUUGACGGAUGUCGAGUUUUUAAAUAGACCAAAUCUACCACACACAACUGAUGGAAGAGUUGGAAGUCAAAGAAGAAAUGGUUUAAUUUUGAGACAAGACAAUUAAGUUAUAGGCGUACCUACGUUGCAGAAUCUUAUGACAAUAAUAUAAUCUAUAUCUUGUAAAGUAAUGCACAUGCUUUUUACGGAUCAUCCUCUUGGUCUCAUCAUUUGAAAAGAGGUAGUUAAUGUUUUUCUUUGUGCCAAUAUAUAGCUGAAAUUUGCUGCUUCAA